GAGUGGGGAAUGGUAUGGUAUGAAUGUAGGGAUAGGAACAGUCCACCAUAGGUACGAAAUGCAGAUACGGACGGUAUUAUUCCUCCACUCUCAGUCCUUUUCUCCUACCUUUGCGUAGAAAAGUAGGGGAAAGUUCUACACUCCUGGCAGAUUCUCUGACAACGCUGUAAAGCAAUUAAUUUGUAAAUUCAUGGUGUGUCUCCAUUUAAUCGACCAAUCCCGUCGCUGGAAAGUAUUGCGAAUGCUGUGUUGUCAAGUUUAUAAGAAUUACUGUAUAAGAGAAGUGUAUUUCGGAAGAGAGGACUAAAACAUAUCCUUGAUGUGAUUAAUUCUUUAAGUAUUGCUGAAAAUCUCAAUUUUAUCCCCAUGUGAUAAUAAAGUCGACAGUUCAUUUAAUAAAAGGAGGAAGAAGAACGUGAUUGGAUCAGUGUUAUGUGUGAACUUUCUAAUUUUUCUUAAACUCAUUUGUUAUAAUUGAAUUCAGAAAAAUGGUCACAAUUAGUUCAAAGAUUAUUUUUGUUUGCUUAUUAUUUAAUCUAGCACAAUUUACAAAUAGUUUUAGUUAUGUUGACAUAAAAGACGUAAUAGAAUUAGGAGAGAUUAUAUUAACGGACAUCUUUGAAGCAUGGAAGUUAAUACAACCCGAAGAUGCCGAAUACAAUAUGUUUCCAUUUAUCCAUAAACAUGAAAAAGAAGUAAAGAAUAAAAUAGCAGAGCUGUCAACCAAACUUAAUAAUUUUGAAGGACAGAUGAACAUACGGUUCGAUGCCAUUAUGACUAAACUCUUAAUCGAAAUACCGUUACAACAAAGACUGGAUCAACAGUUACGUAUGAUUGAUCAAUUUGUUGGUCACAUAAAUGAUUUAUACAAUACUUUCAAAAGACUUUACCUUUCACCUAAUAAAUACGAGAAAUACACAAUGGAAGAUUUUGCAAGAACGUGCGUUUCCGUAGAAUCGGGUGCUCUUCCUAACAUUUUGCAAAGUAUUCAUCAGUUAAUUGUUCCUUCUCGUGAAGACAUCCUCAGCAGAAGUGUUCUCAUAUCGUUAGCAAAUACAAUGCAAGAAACAUCCACGAACAUUUGCAAUGAAAAACAGACGCUUCAACAAUUGCUCUACAACCUAUAUACCAUGGUAACUCUGUCGGAAAUCAAGGGUUACAGCAUGAUGCAAUUCUCUUACCAUAUAUUGCGGCUUUAUACUCCAAGUACUAAUUUCACUGAGGAAAUGAACAUGGUGAAGCAACAAUACGAGCAAAGAACAAUAGAAACUCUGCGGGCUGUAAAAACAGCCAUGGCAUUUGCUCCCCGAGAAAUGUGGAAGUGUGAUCCAGAAAUACAUAAAUUAGAUGAAACAUAUACUACUUUAACACAAUUGUUCCAAGGAUAUAUCGUUAAUGAGGUGGACUUGAACUCUGUUUCAACCUGUAAAGAAAAUUGCGCUUAUUACGAAUAUACGGAAGUUCAUGGAUGUUAUAAAAAUCAAUUCUGCUCCCAGCAGCGCAAAUGCAAUGGUAGAGUGCUCAAAUGCGAAUUUAUCGAUUCCGAUAUGUGGAUUUGCCCUUCGGACCCACACAGUGAUCGAAGAUAUGAAUACAUACAAUAUGAAAACGAUAAAUUCUAUGGACAAAGAAAUACUUGCAAGAAAGAGACAAUUAAAGUCGAUAGCUGGUGGCGUUGGUUAUUCUGGCAUUGUAGCUAUUGUUUUUGCUAUUGUGAUGACAAUAAUAAAUAUUCUGAUCGAUACUUCAGUUUAAAACAAGUUGUAUCUGACGUGGCAAAUAAUAAAGUCGUAACGGGUAUCCGGUUCAAGAAAGUGAAUCAUAUAAUACACAUGCAAAUUCAGGAAGGUGAAUUGAUGCCACGAGGAAACAUCAAUAAAAUAAGUCUACAAUGGAAACCAAUCGAAGAAUUCUCUGUAUUAGAUAAUAACGUUAAAAAUGGUGUUGAUUACCAUACUUUAUCAUGGGCAAACAGAGGUUUAGACCUAGAUGAUUUGAGUCUUGAUACAAAUCAUCUUUUGACAGGUGUCAGAUUUCGAAUGGUUGGUUCGCGACUAAAUUUAGAAAUAAGAAUGUCAACUUUUAACUUUACUACUGGAAAAUUGAUACAACCAUUGGAUAGGAGCUUCUGGACCAGUCGUGAUUUAACUGAUAGAAUUGAAUUAAAAUUAACGAAUCCUGAUAUACCAAUUCGACCAUCUGUUGUAACACUACCAGAUUCGAAAUCGGAACAGUACCUAAAUUUUGCCCCAAGCGACAAGAUAAGUGAUGUUGCACAAAACACAAUACCAUUUCUUGAUACUCAACCAAUAGAAUUAGAUCCACCAGUUCCAAUCGCCGGUGCUGGCAUUUUUCAUAAAGGCCGACCAGGAUCAGGAGGAUAUGUAGCACUGAGAUUAAUUACAUAUGAUUUUAGUAAACAUUUACAGGUUGAUUUACCUCUUACUACAGAAACGGUUCUUGAUACUCCAAGUGACAUGAAAUCACUAUGAACAUAUCUACAUACUAUUACUAAGACUUAGUUUAUAAAUAUUUUACUAUGUAUUGCUUCUAC